AUGUCAACCACAACAAUAAAACCUGUUAUUUAUUAUAACGGUCGAUUUCAUUUUGUCGAAGAGGAUUGUGCUUCUAAGUUUCAUUUUGAUACAGAAUAUGCUAUAUUUCAAAUUUAUAAUUUAAAAGUUGGUAAACAAGAAUUUGCUGAAAGGCUUUCCGAAGUGACAGGGCUAGCAGGAUCCGUCACGUUUUUAAAUGAAUUUGAAAGAAUGUACACGAGGCAUUCUGAAAAUAGAAUAGAAAUUGGAGCUGGUGCAUCACAUGAAACCAAUAAUUCUGAUAGGUUAAAGCAUAUAUAUGAUUCAUUUUUCUUAUUGGUGGUUAGAUUAUUAAAUUUGAUUAGAGAUUUGGUGCACCUUAAUGCUACAUAUGAAGAAUUUUAUUCACCUGGCGUAUUUCCAUUAUUUACAGGAUCAAUUAAAUAUUUGAAGGUUAAAUAUAUUGAAAGUUUGACAGAUCUUGAGAAAUCUCUAAUUGAUGUUGGGUUUGAAAAAUUUGAAGAUAGGCUUCAAGAGUUAUCAAUGAUGGUUCGUGAAAUAGACCAAACACUUGAAAUGGCUUCUAUAAAUCUUCAAACAUAUAUAAACAAUCUUAUGGCAAUUGCUUUACCAUCAAUAUAUUAUUAUAAUAAUACAUUUGGUGAAGCAAUAACAAUAUUUGGGUGUAUGAUUGGCUGUAUAAUUUUUUUGAUAAGUGCAUUUUGGAGUGGAUGGCUACGUAAUAAUUAUAGUAAGGCAAUAUCAUUACAUAAAAAGGCCAUACCAAUUCAUUCCGAAACAGCAAAUAGUGUAGAGGCAUUACAAAGAUGGUUAAAUAGAAUUUCUAUAGUUAGAAGAUGUAAAGUACCAAUGAAUAAUAACGAAUUAAAAAAUAGAAAGACCAUUCUAUAUUAUUUAUUUGAUGAAUUAGUUACUGCUUCUGCAGAACUUAGAUUAAGUAUUAGUAUAAGAGAUGAGUUGAAAAGAUAUAAAUGA